AUGUACAUUUCUCACUUGUUUCUUUUCAUAAACCUUCUCAAUUCUGUUAAAAUUCUGUCAGCCGUAUUCAGCACGCCAAUAAUUCGAAACGGCACUUUGAACAUAAAUGUUCAAAGAAAAUGUCCCGAUGGCUGGGCAUCAUUUCAAAGACAAAAGGGUUUGUAUUGUAUCAAAGUGUUCUAUCCGCCACCAUAUUGGUAUACUCAACCACAAGCGCAGGCAAUGUGUAAUGAGAUUGGGGCGAGACUGGCGGGAAUUGAGACGAUUGCUGAGAGGAAUUAUAUUGCUCGUGAGUUCAAAGACUUGGCAGUUAAAAAUUGUACAUUUUUCAAAAAUCUUGUGUUUUCCCUUUUUCAACAUCUAAUAUACAAAAACGCAAACGUAAACUAAAUUAUUUCAAAAUGCACACAAAAGGCCCACACACACAAAAUACGUCAUCUUUCACACCAUGGCGCAACUGUAUUGCACAUCCUCUUGAGGAUGAUUAUUUCAAAAUGCACACAAAAGGCCCACACACACAAAAUACAUCAUCUUUCACACCAUGGCGCAACUGUAUUGCACAUCCUCUUGAGGAUGAUUAUUUCAAAAUGCACACAAAAGGCCCACACACACAAAAUACAUCAUCUUUCACACCAUGGCGCAACUGUAUUGCACAUCCUCUUGAGGAUGAUUUCAAUGCAGAAUCAUUUAUUUAUUUUUCAAUUUAAAAUGAAAUUGGGGAUGACUUAGUUUUUUUUUCAACUUUAACACAUCUUCCUUUCCCAACACUUGGAUAAAUUUGACACAUUUGGCCGUUUGGACAAUCCCAAUGUUUUUUACAUUCUUCACUUUCAACCAAUUUGAAAUUGAAAAUUGUUAAAACAAGCAGCAGAAUGAAAAAUUUUGGAUUCAUUUCUGAACUUGAACUUGGGAGGCACACUUUUUAUUUGGUUUAAAAUAGAUUUAUGUAGUCUAGACUUUUUGAAAAAUAUCAAGAAGUUCUGAAUUCCGAAUAUUUUUCAGGUGUUGCUGCAAAUUAUAUGACAAAUAUGAGUUUGACAUCAACAGUAGUCUGGAUUGGAGCCUAUCGCGUUCUACAAUGUACAAAAUCCAAUGUUAUUGUAGAUAAAUGUAGCAAUGUAGGUUGUUGUAACCUCGGAAAAAAAUAAAAAAAACUUCUUCUUCUCGCAGACAAGAUACGCAUUCACUUGGAGUGACGGAAAUGUUGUUGGCGAUGAUCAAAUGUUGUUCCGCGACACCGGAAAUUCAGGGUAGGAAGAGUAUAUUGUUCAAAAAUAGUUAUGAAUACAUCAACAUUUUUGAAGAACCGGUCAGCAAUGUGUUCAAAUGACGAUUCUCGCAUUUCCCGAAGCUCCACAAAUGUCAUUAUAUGAUGACAUCAGUUGUGAUGGUACUGUAGAAACGUGGGUUCCGAAUCAUUAUGCACAGUAUGUUUGUGGACAACAGGCUCCGAUUGUUGGGUUCGACACUUAUUGAUUGGGAAUUUUUGACAUUUACUUUUGAUAAAUUUGUUGAAAAUUAAAAAUUCCAUAUCUAAUAAUCUCCCCCUUCAUAUUUUUUCAAACGACACUCCACCAAAUGACACUGCCUGUUUUUUAUUCCCCAAUAGAUAAUUGUAGCGUCCUUUUUCCAAAAAAAAAAACAGAUGUGAUUUUUUUAAUUUUCAAUUUCAGGUUACUGUAUCUAAACUACAGUACUUCUUGAUUAAUAUUUUUACCAAUUCAAUAUUUUGAAAAAGCAUGCCAAUGGGACUGCAAUAAGCCGAUAUAUGUGAAAAUUUAGGUGAGUUUUAAAAAAUUCCAAUUUUUGUUCAAAAAAUCAUUUCUAUUUUCAGAUAUUAGAUUACUGUAUCUAAACUACAGUACUUUUGGAUCAUAAUUUUAUGACAAUGGAUUUUCGAUGAAUCUUAGAAGAAAUAAAGUAUUGGAACAAUAUAAAACGAGGCAUCAAACAUCUGACUACUGAAAAACUUACAGUACUCCUGGAUUAACUUAUGAUCACUGUGAGCCGGAAUUCCCAUCAAAAGAAACAUUAACAAUCUUGAAAAUUAAUCAAAAUAUUUAUAAGUGAGUUUUUUAUGAUUCAUUUUCAUCUCAAAUUAAUCAAAAAUUAUUUUCCAGAAUCUCACCAAAUUCAGAAAAAAUACGUCGAAUGAAAAUUGCAACUAAAUCUUACUGUAUCUAA